AUGCUAAAGCCAGAGGUUGCACUGGUCCAGCUUUUGGCAAGAUUGGGGGACCCGCAGCCAUGGGAUCCAGGAGCUCAGUAUCCUCUUGGGGCAUAUCUCCUGCCCCUGAAGCCGGUCUCAGUGUCUCCUGUAUCCCCAAGGACUCCUGCAUGUGCAGGCUGCAGUCAAGGACCCAAGGAUCUGAACACAGGAGAGGGUGAGCCAUCAGCCGGGAUAGGGGGACUGCCUGAAGGCACCCAAAAAGGUGUGAGCUCUCCCAAGAUGGCGUCUACUUGCCAGGGAAGGCGCAGUCCGCUCUCCUGCCUGCAGGACGGUCAAGCUGACUGGCGUCCAGCUCUACUCUCCUCGCAAGAGCUUCAGGACACUUUCCCAGUGAGACCCAGGGAUGGAACCACCUGCAGCUUUAAAUGCACUCUAUGUGGUAAAGCCUUCCCCUAUAUCACUGUUCUUCUAUGGCAUAAAAGAACAAACACUGGAGAGAAGCCUUACAAAUGUAAUCAAUGUGGUAAAGCCUUUGCAAAAAGCAGUCAGCUCAUACAGCAUAAAAGAAAAGACACUGGAGAGAAACCUUAUGAAUGCAAUGAGUGUGGUAAAGCCUUUGCACAAAACAGUCAUCUCAUAAGCCAUAAAAGAACACACACUGGAGAGAAACCUUAUGAAUGUAAUGAGUGUGGCAAAGCCUUUGCAGAAAACAGUACUCUCUUAAGCCAUAAAAGAACACACACUGGAGAGAAACCUUAUGAAUGUAACCAGUGUGGUAAAGCCUUUGCACAAAACAGUGCUCUCUUAAGCCAUAAAAGAACACACACUGGAGAGAAACCUUAUGAAUGUAAUGAGUGUGGUAAAGCCUUUGCAGAAAAGAGUACUCUCUUAAGACAUAAAAGAACACACACUGGAGAGAAACCUUAUGAAUGUAAUGAGUGUGGUAAAGCCUUUGCACAAAACAGUCAUCUCUUAAGCCAUAAAAGAACACACACUGGAGAAAAACAUUAUGAAUGUAAUGAGUGUGGCAAAGCCUUUGCAGAAAACAGUACCCUCUUAAGCCAUAAAAGAACACACACUGGAGAGAAACCUUAUGAAUGUAACCAGUGUGGUAAAGCCUUUGCACAAAACAGUGCUCUCUUAAACCAUAAAAGAACACACACUGGAGAUAAACCUUAUGAAUGUAACCAGUGUGGUAAAGCCUUUGCACAAAACAGUGCUCUCUUAAGCCAUAAAAGAACACACACUGGAGAGAAACCUUAUGAAUGUAACCAGUGUGGUAAAGCCUUUGCACGAAACAGUCAUCUCGUAAGAUAUAAAAGAACACACACUGUUGAGAAACCUUAUGAAUGUAACCAUUCUGGAAAAACCUUUGCAGAAAACAGUACUCUCUUAGGCCAUAAAAGAACACACACUGGAGAGAAACCUUAUGAAUGUAAUGAGUGUGGUAAAGCCUUUGCACAAAACAGUCAUCUCAUAAGCCAUAAAAGAACACACACAGGAGAGAAGUCUUACAAAUGUAAUCAAUGUGGUAAAGCCUUUGCAAAAAGCAGUCAUCUCAUGAGGCAUAAAAGAACACAUACUGGAGAGAAAAUUUAUGAAUGUAACCAGUGUGAGAAACUUUAUGAAUGUAACCAGUGUGGCAAAGCCUUUGCAGAGAAGAAUAAUCUCAUAAGGCAUAAAAGAACACACACUGGAGAGAAAAUUUAUGAAUGUAACCAGUGUGGUAAAGCCUUUGGAAAAAACAGUACUCUCAUAUGGCAUAAAAGAACACACACUGGAGAGAAACCUUAUGAAUGUAACGAGUGUGGUAAAGCCUUUGCACAAAACAGUACUCUCAUAAGCCAUAAAAGAACACACACUGGAGAGAAACCUUAUGAAUGUAGUGAGUGUGGUAAAGCCUUUGCACAAAACAGUAAUCUCAUAUGGCAUAAAAGAACACAUACUGGA